AAAAUGAAGCACGAGGAGCUCGAAGCCAUCUCCGGCAAGCUGGCCGGCGACUUCCGCACCAUUGAGCCCUUUCUGAGGGACCUGGACAAGCACCUGACGCUGCGGUCGUACCUUGAGGGCUACACUCUUGGGGAGCUCGAGACCAAGAUCUGGCAGACUCUGCGGGCCAACAAGGUCGCCAUUGGCUUCAUCCGCAAGAAUGGACUGCCGAACCUGACCCGAUGGUUCACCUUCAUCGAGCAGUCGCAUCCCGAGAUCCAGGAGGCCCCCAAGGCCGAUGCUGCUGUCAAGGCUACCAAGGGUGGUGCCAACUAUAACCUCGCCCUCCAGGACACCGACAAGGGCGUCGUUACUCGAUUCCUACCCGAGCCUUCUGGCUACCUUCACAUCGGACACGCCAAAGCUGCCCUGCUCAGCGACUACUUUGGCCAUGUUGCCUACAAAGGCCAGAUGCGCCUGCGACUCGACGACACCAACCCGGCCAAGGAGAAGGAAGAGUUCCAGGAUGCCAUUGUCGAGGACCUCGCCCUUAUGGGCAUCAAGCCCGACAGCUUGACUUACACCUCCGACUACUUCGACUACUUGUAUGAUAUGUGCAAGAAGUUAAUCUCCAUGGGCCAGGCAUAUGCCGACGAUACCGACCAGGAGACGAUGCGUAGCCAGAGAAUGGACGGCAUCCCUUCCAAGCGCCGUGACCGAACCGUCGAGGAGAACCUGCGGAUCUUCGAGGAGAUGAAGAAGGCAUCUGAGGAAGGUCUGGCACACUGCAUUCGUGCCAAGAUCUCUUUCGACAACCCCAACAAGGCCAUGCGCGAUCCCGUCAUCUACCGAUGCAACGUCGAAAACACUCACCACCGCACCGGCACCAAAUGGAAGAUGUACCCCAUGUACGACUUUGCAUGCCCCGUGGUUGACAGCUACGAGGGAGUCACCCAUGCUUUGAGAUCCACCGAGUACACCGACCGAAACCCUCAAUACCAAUGGUUCAUUGACACCCUCAAACUGCGCCAGGUCCACAUGUGGGAUUUCUCUAGAAUCAACUUUGUCAGGACUUUCCUGUCCAAGCGUAAGCUGGCGAAGCUGGUUGAUGCUGGAUUGGUGUGGGGCUGGGACGACCCCCGAAUGCCCACUAUCCGUGGUAUUCGACGACGUGGAAUGACCAUUGAAGCGCUGCGGGACUUCAUCAUCAGGCAAGGCCCCAGCCGCAACGUGGUCAACAUGGACUGGACCACAUUCUGGGCCAACAACAAGAAGGUCAUUGAUCCUAUCGCUCCCCGAUUCACAGCUCUUCUGAGCAAGGACCUGGCCAAGGCUGCCGUGACCGGAGCGGAGGCUCCCGCCGCCGUUUCCACUGAGGAGCGACCCAAGCACCCGAAGAACGCGAGCGUUGGUACGAAGAAGGUCAUCUUCUCGCCUAGUCUUCUCAUUGACCAGGCCGAUGCCAAGAGCUUCAAGGCGGACGAGGAAAUCACUUUGAUGGGCUGGGGCAACGCCUUUGUUCGGGAAAUUUCUACAUCGGAUGACCCCGUCACCAGCUUCAAGCUUGAGCUCAACUUGAAGGGAGACUUCAAGAAGACCGAAAAGAAGAUCACUUGGCUGUCUGCCGAGGGCUUCAAGCUGGUCCCCGCUGAGCUGUGGGAGUUUGAUUACCUCAUUACCAAGGACAAGCUCGAGGAGGAGGACAACUUCGAGGACUUCCUGAACCCCAACACUGCCAGCAUGGAGGAUGCCGUCUGUGAGGCCGGCGUUGGUGAGCUGAAGAAGGACGACAUUAUCCAGCUCGAGCGAAGAGGAUUCUACAGAGUGGACAAGGGCAUGAACGACUGGGCAGAGGGCGAGGCUGGAUUGAAGGGACCAAGAGUCGUCCUCUUCAGCAUUCCCACCGGUAAGACUGGCCCUAAAUAGGAGAGCAUAUAGUGAAUGAAAAUGAG